UUUAUCAAUAUUAUUCAAACCUAAAAUACCUCAAUAUUCAUUCUCUCUCUACUUUCUCUCUCCUACAAAACUACUUUCUUUCCUCCGCCCUUAGAAAUACAAAUACACCACCACAAAGCAGCCGUGAGAAAGAGGCAUUAGCCGGCGAAUUAAUGCGGAAAUAUGAGUUGUCUAUCGCUUUUUAACCCGUAUGUGCGAGGUGGUAUUGCUCAGAAGAACCAUCAUGUGCUCGGAGGCCGGAAUUGGCACCGUAAACACGUCGAAGACGGGUAGUUUUUCUUUUUUAUAGAACAAAAUACAAAAUAUAGAAGAUCUUGUGAAUUCUUAAACCUCCUCCUCUCUCAGAUUAGAAAAAAAAAAGAGUAAAGUAUAUAUAUAAUCGGGGUUAAUUUGGUAGAUUUAAUUCGUGAUUUCUCAAGUCUAAAAUGAUGGGGGAAUUCAUGUUAGCGGUUAAAGAUAACAACAGCAACAAAAAUGCGGCCGAGUCGAGGCCGAAUUACUGUAAAUUGGUGAUGCAGGGGAAGUAUGAGCUCGGAAGGGUGCUGGGUCAGGGGACCUUUGCCCGGGUUUACUAUGCGCGCAACCUCGAAUCGGGGAAGAGCGUUGCGAUGAAAGUUGUGGGAAAAGAGAAGGUCGUAAGGGCGAAGAUGAUGGAUCAGAUGAAGAGGGAGAUCAGCGUCAUGAAGAGGCUGAAACACCCUAAUAUUGUCGAGCUUUACGAGGUUAUGGCUACGAAGUCGAAGAUCUUCUUAGCGUUGGAGCUCGUCCGAGGGGGCGAGCUCCACGCUAAGGUUUCAAAGGAAGGGAAAUUGGAAGAACAUACGGCGAGAUCGUAUUUCCGGCAAUUGAUCUCUGCUGUUGAUUACUGCCAUAGUAGAGGGGUUUUCCAUCGAGAUUUGAAAUUGGAGAAUUUGUUGUUGGAUCAAGAUGAUAAUCUCAAGAUCACUGAUUUCGGAUUGAGUGCUUUCUUUGAAGAAGAAGAGAAUAACCAGGUUUUGUUGCGGACUACUUGUGGGACGCCGCACUAUGUUGCGCCUGAGGUGGUUAGCAAAAGGGGGCAAGGUUACGACGGUUCGAAGGCGGAUAUAUGGUCUUGUGGUGUGAUAUUGUUUGUCCUUCUUGCUGGUUAUCUCCCUUUUCAUGACGAGAAUAUUAUGCAGAUGUAUCGGAAGGUGUACAAGGGUGAUUUCACUUGUCCGACUUGGUUUUCGGCCGAGGCGAGGGAGUUGAUCACUCGGAUGCUUGAUCCUAACCCUGCUACACGCAUCACCUUGGCUGAGAUUAUGGAAUCAAAGUGGUUUAAAGCUGAUAUCUUCGAGGCCGACGACGAAGAAGAAGGGAAUAACAACACCACCAUCAACAAGUUUCUGAAGAAGGAAGUGGAGGCGUUGAAUGCUUUCCAUAUCAUAUCGAUGUCAGAAGGGUUAGACCUCUCCGCCCUCUUCUCGGAAGAGAAGAAGAAGAGGGAGGAGAGGGAAGAAAUUGGAUUCACAACAACAAUAUCUCAAACUGAAGUGAUUUCGAGGUUGGAAGAAUUGGCUGCCUUGAGUGGUAAGUUCAAGGUCAGCAAGGUUGGGGACUCUGUGGUGAGGCUGCAAGGGCAGGAGAAGGGUAGGAAAGGUAGGCUGGUAAUCGUGGUCGAGCUAUUCGCGGUGUCUUCCUCUUUCCUAAUGGUGGAGGUGAAGAAGGAUAGCGGCGACACGCUCGAGUUCAACCGGUUUUGCCAGAACCAACUCCGCCCUGCUCUCUUGGAUGUUAUAUGGACCACCGCCGCCUCCGAUAAUCACACCAUACCACCUGCCUCAUACCCCUGUGUUGCAGUGUGCUAAAAUUUUGGCAGAUGCCUUAAACACUUCCCCUUUCUUUUAGGAUUUUGAGAGUUUGACAUGAUGUUUUAUUGUUUGUGUUGUUUUUCUGUUGUGCUAUUGAUUAAUUAUUAUUAUUUUUUUUUUUUCAUGUUUCAUGUCCAUGGUUUUAUCAGUCAGUUAUAGAUUUUUCUUUUUAUGUUACUCAGAUGUGUACCUGAUUUUCGAUGUCAAUACAAGGUGAUUAGAACUAGCUUCUUCUGUCUAAAACUAGCUUCUUCUGUCUAAAUUGCUUAGCAAUUACCAUUGUUUGCCAUACUGUGUCGAUGUUUGCUGGUAUAGUUUUCAAAAAUCCGAUUUCUGGUUUUGCCUACUCCCAAGGUUUUCAAUCAAAAACAUUUUUACCACAAUUUUGAUAAGGGUUUGCUAAUAUAGUUUUUAAAAUUCGAUUUUCAGAUUUUGUCUAAAUUAUGGUUUUCAAUUAAAGAAAUAAUUUCACCACAAUUUUUAAAAGACUUGCUAAAGUGCUGGUAUAGAUUUUAAAAUUCGAUUUUCAGAUUUUGUCUACACCAUGGUUUUCAAUAAAGAAAUAAUUUCAUGUUUUGCUGGUGUAGUUUAUAAAAUUUGAUUUCCAGAAUUUGUCUACAUCAUGGUUUUCAAUUAAAGAAACAAUUUCACUACAAUUUUGUAAAGGUUUGCUUGUAUAGGUGUUAAAAAUUCGAUCUUCCAAUUUUUUUACACCAUCCUUUUCAAUCAAAGGAGCUACUUCACCUUCACCACAAUUUUAGUAAGGAUGCUCUGGUUUAAAAUCUUCUUGUAAUUGGGAGGAAGAAAAGGCUAUAGAUUUUACGCUCUCCAGACAAGAAAAAUCAUCGUUUAAUCAUGCUUUAGUUCGAUUUUUCAUGUCAGUUUUUCCCAAAUUAUAUCUUUCAUGAACUGUUUUAAGUUGGAAAUUCUUUCCCCUAUUUAAUAAGAGUCAUAGCAAUGUGUGUGAAAACAAUUUCAAAGCUUUGAAGCAAACGGUGUUCAUUGAAAUGGGAAGGAAAUUGAAUCUAUUUUAUCCCUUCCCCAGUUUACUUUUUCUUUCCCAGCCUAACAAUCAAUGGAAGCAUAUGAUCCACUAAUCUUCGAAUUCGUACUCCCUAACUCUCUUAAUCCCCUCACUCAAUGAAGCCGAAAGUGUUAAAUAAAGGAAUAGAUUUAAACUUGUCACUGUAUUCACAACUUCCGUAGCCCAUGUUGCAGUUGUUCAAUGCAUUGACGAUGAACGCUAACAGCCUAUUAACCUUUUCAUUCGAUGUAAACAUUUGAAAACAGUUGGUAAAUUUUCUUAGAUUAUAUGUAAUUGAUCAUCAUAACUGCACAUAUCUGCUUGUUUAGUCUUUAGGAAGAAAAGUAGCCAAUCUCAUGGUAUGAACACUGGAGGAGACAUUAUGAGGUGAAUCAUUCAGUAAGUGUUUAGUGUUCAAUUGUUAUUUGAUUCAUGUGUAGUACAUCUGUUUUUUUGUUUUUCCUGUUUUUGAGGUGGGAUGAUUUGAAUCUGUGCUACAUGUUUCUUCCAUUUGGUUGAUGAGAUAACAUAACAUGUGUGAUAUGUACCUUUUUUCAAUCCGUUUGAUAGCUUCUCAUAUGACCAUAUGAUAUGUUCAGUGUUCUAUUUCCAUCUAGUUGAUUGAAUAACAUCUAACAUGUCUUGCAUGUUCAUGUUCCAUGUGGUUGACGAAAUGAUCUCUGAUGUGUUGCAUGUUCAUUAACUUCAAAUGUAUGACGUGUUUCAUUUACGAGUUUCUUGAAUCUUGAUAAUGUUUGUCAAAUCUGUUGCGUACUUUAGUCUCCCUUUCUUCUUGUUCUUGUCUUGUGUGUUUCAGGACUUGAUCUUGGUUUUGUUAACCAAUUAUGGUAAGUCUGUACUGUAUUUUGGUUCUGGCUUCGCAAUUCAUUCUGUGUUUUACUCUGUACCUGUAGUGAAUCUGUGGUUCCCCUCAUACAGGUUGGUGUUUGGCGUUAAGGUUCAUAGCUGAUCUGUACUAUGAUUGUGGUCAAGCAUUUCUGAUAGUUACAAUCAGAUUACGAGGACAUUGGAUAUUGCUUUAUUGCGUAAAUUGACAGUGUAUUACUGAUCCAGGCUCAUUCUCGAGACUUCUCUUAGCUACUGUUAUGUAAACACACGUAUACAACAUUCGGUAAACACAAAUGAGGAUUGUCUUUUAAGUUUGUUAUGUAGAGUAUUUAAGGUUCACUAGGCAAAGAUUUCAUUCAUUUUUCUUGCUUUCAUGUCAGGCUGCUAGACUUAAUUCUUGUAAUGGUUUUGAGCAAGUGUUUGUUGACUCUGUUCCGUAAGGCUUGAUUGCCUUGGCGGAGAUCGAUAUUUCUUGAUUAUACUAAUUAGGCUCGCCAAGCCUUGUCCUUUAAAAAAAAGUUUUACAGGUGUAAAAGUUAAUGAUCGGGUAGCUUAAAAUACGGAGCACAAUAUGGUUCCCGUGAAGCAUUGGAGUCUUGGAGAGAACUCAUGCUUCACGUUGAUUAUGGGUGAUAUAGCAUUCAUACAAUCACACGCAAACAGAUGGAAUUGGAUGUGAAGAUAUUUCCUUUUGAUUAUUGUAGAACGUUGAGGAAGGUUCAUUAAGUAUUCAAUUGGUCAUGUAAUGUAGAAUUUUAUGUCCAACUUGCAAUAUCAAUCCUUAUCACAUUUAA